GGUCCCCUAUGAAGCCAGUGCGUGCGUUGCACUGUAAAAUGCUUGACAAAGAAACGUACAAACAUGAAUGUAGAUAUAUAGACGGGAGAAAGGGUGAACGAUGUCUUCUUCCUCAUUAAACACAUAUGUUGAUAAAUUGAAUGUUACGGUUGAUUGUAAACAAGGAGCUGUACGUAAUGUCAGAUUUAACUCUGAUGGAGAAUAUUGCAUAAGCUGUGGUAGUGACAAGACUUUAAAACUGUGGAACCCCUACCGACAGUUACAUUUGAAGACAUAUUCUGGCCAUGGUUACGAAGUCCUUGACGCCCACUCAGCCUGCGACAAUGCCACACUAUGUUCUGGUGGUAUGGACAAAUCGGUGAUCCUUUGGGAUGUGGCAACGGGGCAAGUGAAGAGGAAGUACAGAGGACAUGCAGGUACUGUCAGCUGUGUAAAGUUCAAUGAGGAGUCAACGGUUAUUUUAUCUGGUUCCGUCGAUGGAACCAUUUUCUGCUGGGAUUGUCGCAGCCGGAAGUCAGAACCUAUCCAGAAACUGAAAGAGGCCAAGGACAGCAUCACGUCACUGCAAGUGUCGGACCAUGAGAUUCUCUCCGGAUCGGCCGAUUCUUACAUCAGGCGCUACGACUUGCGGAUUGGCCGACUCACCUGUGACUACGUUGGAAAAACAAUCACCUGCGUGACCUUCACCAAAGACAGCCAGUGUGUCCUUGCGAGCUCCCUUGAUGGUCUCUUACGACUUUUCGAUAAACAGACAGGAGAAUUAUUAAACGAGUACAGUGGACAUCGCAACUCUGAGUAUAAAAUUGAUAGCUGUCUUAACAAUACUGACAACUUAAUCCUAAGUGGAUCUGAGGACGGAAUUGUAUAUAUCUGGGAUCUUAUCAGUGCUGAGACGAAAGCCAAGCUGGAGCAUCCUGAUCAAAGACCUGUACAUUCACUCAGUCACCAUCCAUCUGAUGCUGUCCUCCUCACCGCAUCAGGAAGCAAGAUGUACAUGUGGGCAUCACGUUACCGCAACACUGAUGAUUGAUCCUAAUAACCCUGUCCCCUUAUCACCACUACCACCACCACCACCGCUACCCCUUCCGGCUUAGAUCCUAUUCGUCACUCCACCUCACCUCACCUCCCCAGUCUCCUCUUUGCCCUUCUUCUCCUUGCACUCUCUCAUCUCUCCCUUGUCUUCUUAUUUCUUUACUACCCACAA